UUUUCGUUUUGCCAGCCCUGGUCGUUUAAGCCAUCGCCUUACCGUGGCACGUCUUGGCUCAAAGCCUCUUGUAAGGUAAGUUCGAAUUUGGUGAAAUCAAUGCGUAGAAAGUGAAUCCGAGGUUGGCGCUGACGUUACGCAAAGCCGUGGAAAAGUGAAAAGCCGCGGAAAACCUGGCCGCUCUAAAAGUGCACCAGCACCUGCCCAUUUGGAUAUUCGGCGACUGAUUGCCGUUGCGUGCGCCGCCUGCUAGCCAGCUCCUAGGCUCUAAUUGUCGGCUGUCAAACCGGAGCAACACCUGGCCGAUCGUCGGCCCCCCUGCCGGCACAAAGCGGCCGCCGCAUGCGUCUCAUCCAAACGGCCACCGGCGGUGCUGCUGCGACUGUUCUGCAGUCCCACUCCCAGUCGCAGUACAACUACACCAACAUGCGCGAAGAUGAUAUCGAGCUGGCCAUCAAAGUGGUAAUUGUUGGAAACGGCGGCGUUGGCAAGUCCUCGAUGAUCCAGCGCUACUGCAAGGGCAUAUUCACCAAGGACUACAAGAAGACAAUCGGAGUGGACUUCCUGGAGAGGCAGAUCGAGAUCGAUGGGGAAGAUGUACGCAUAAUGCUGUGGGACACAGCCGGGCAGGAGGAAUUCGACUGCAUAACGAAGGCUUAUUACCGGGGGGCACAGGCUUCAGUGCUCGUGUUCUCCACGACUGAUCGGGCCUCGUUCGAAGCUAUCAAGGACUGGAAGCGCAAGGUGGAGAACGAGUGCAACGAGAUACCCACGGUGAUUGUGCAGAACAAGAUUGAUCUGAUCGAGCAGGCCGUAGUCACUGCCGACGAGGUGGAGACACUGGCGAAGGUGCUCAACUGCCGUCUGAUACGCACGUCCGUAAAGGAGGAUAUCAAUGUGGCCUCCGUGUUCCGCUACCUAGCUACCAAGUGCCAUCAGCUGAUGACUCAGAGCUACGACCAGACCGGCAGCCAGCAGCACUCGUCCAACCAUCCGCCCUACAACAGCACGCCCACAAUCAGCGCCUUCAGCCCGACCUUCACCAAGUCCAGCAGCGGCACCAUUGUGCUCCGCCCGGCCAAAAAGGGCAGCGGGUCCAGUGCGGCGCGAAAGCGCAAAAUAGUUCUCAAGAAGUGCGGCAUCUUGUAAUGGAAGGGGAUCAACGCCAGCCAGCCAGGAAGGUUGUGCCAGCUAGGCAGGCAGAGGCAGUCAAGCAGGGAGUAUAGAUGGAUGGAUGGACGAGAUGUUGGCAAUUAAUAACUGGAGCAUAUUUAACGCUUAAUUAUUUAUGAGCCUAAUGAAGUUGUGGCCAGGUGGCGGUGGCCAGCCAACCGUUAUAUGCACAGCCACAGCCAAUCACUAGUCGUGCACAGACUCCGCGUGAUGUGGCCCAGACAUGCGAGAAAGCAGCGAUAAUCGGAACCAGUAAAGUGCACCUUCGGGACACACCUCGAAGUGAAGAUACCCUUGCAGAUUUACAUACAUACUAAGGCACUAAGAACUAAUAUUUAAUUCAAUUAAAGGAAGCCAAGUUUAACCUUGAGAAGCGCUCGUAUAUGGUCGAUUUGCAAGCUACAAAAUACAUUCAAAACCAUGUAGAGUGCUUUGUGGUAUCUAGACCAAUAUCUAGAAUAUUCGAAUCUACCCGCGAUCUGCAACGGUAUUCGAGCUCUCAAAACCAUAACAACCCACAUGCAUUAUCAUAUGCAGCUACUCGAAAACUACCCUAAUUAGAUAUAGAUAUCAAAUAUCAAAUCAGACGGGAUGUAUUGUAUUAUGCCCCCCUUCUAUAACGGAGACUGAUGCAGCAAUGCUCCUCAUAUCGGAUAUGUACAUAUGUAUACUUUUAUAUGGGUUCUCGUACCGGCCUAACCAAUUAUUAAAAUUAAAAGGCUAUUCACCACGCUAGCGCAGCCCAGAUGUUCAUGUGAGAUAGAUCCCUCCGCCAAUUAGCUUUGGAGAAUGUGCAAUUAAUAAUUCAGCUUAUAUAAUUAUUCGCGAAUUGCGAGUCAUGACAAAGCGCAAUUCAGCUCGUCUUUAUAGGGAACCAGUGUCCAGUGGUCCACGUUCUAUGCAAAAAUCCCCCAUCGAUUCGGAGCGGAAGUUUAGUUUGCUCGCAAUACAACAAUAUAUCAAACUCUAUCCCUAUCCUAAGCCUAUUCUCAUAUUGUAUCUAUAUGUUUAAUUUUGUAUUUAAAAUAUACCUACAAUUAAUAAAUUAUUUUUGUAUAAAUGGA